GAGCAUAGGGACUGGAAUCCAGUAGGAAUGUCUUCCGAUUUAUUCGGCAGUGUAUUUUAACUCUAUUGUUCACCAAAUAAAACGUCACAGGUCACACUUUAUCCACGAGAUCUAUUGACAUUGUGCUACUGAUGAAAACAAACCUCAAAAGUGUUUGCAACGAAACACAGAUUUUGGUAAAUUUUCCCUCUCACAUUUUAUGGUUUAACACCAAAUCAUCCACACGGUACAUCUGUGCAAAUAAAAUCGUUUGUGCUUCAUAAACAUUGAUAACCUUUGUGCGCCCUGACAUCUCACAUCACGGAUUUUAUCUCUAGCGGAGAGCAGCUGAAUCGAUUGAAAACAAGUAAUUUAUUUGUGACUCCAUUAAUUAUCGUCACUAAAGAAAAGAAUUCAGUUCGAUUAACGAUAGAAAUAAAUACGUCGAAGUGCUUAAUCGUAAGUUUAUUGUUUCCUUCGCCCAAGAACAUUGUUUGAACAAACAAAAACCCAAAAGGCAAAUAUUCCAAACGCACGUUCCAAACCCAUAAGCCAAAGCAAAUUUACAAACAAAUUUAUUUUCCUAUAACUUUAUCUGACUUUGGCUGUUUUCGGUCCUGUUUGGUCGUCGUCGUUGUCGUCGUUGGGGUCUUGUGUAGACAACAAAACAUAAUAAUAAGAAUAAGCAAUGAAACGAACGAGCGAUAACAUGAUCCAGUAAACAGUGUGCUAUUUGGAUUUGUUCUUUGCAGCAUAUGAACAGACGAAACGUUUGAAAUUCAUUGAUACACGAGACCUUGUGUGAAUGUAUUCAGAAUGAACAAAUCACAGUAGUGUUGGAACGCGUGACGUUUAUGCUGACCACAAUCAUUUGCGUACACUCGUAUUUGUGUUGCUUAAUAUGUGUGUAACGAGCCUUUGGAAUGCUUGCCUUUGAUUUAAUUCCAUCAGUCUGAUUGAUAUUAUUAUCCCGAUCGAAAAAAAUAAAACGUUCACAAAAAUGUCAAGCAAAUCGAUUUUAGUGAUUGGAUCUGGCGGUCGUGAGGAUGCAAUUUGCUGGAAACUUGCACAGAGCAACAAAAUCGACAAGUUGUUUGUGUUGCCAGGCAGUUUUCACAUUGGUAAUCGGCCAAAAGUUGAACUGGUGAAAGAUAUUUCGGUCAAAGAUCAUGCGGCAAUUGUUAAAUUCUGUCAAGAUCAAGGAAUCAAUUUGGUUUUUGUUGGACCCGAAGAUCCAUUGGCCGAUGGCGUUGCUGAUUCACUAUUGGCAGCUAAAAUCAAAUGCUUCGGACCAACAAUGAAUGGUGCACGCAUCGAAUCAGACAAAUCAUGGUCCAAAGAGUUCAUGGUUGCAGCACAAAUCCCAACCGCACGUUACGAGAGUUUCGACAAUGUCGAUGCGGCCAAAGUAUUCAUUAAAAGCGCUUCGUAUGACGCACUUGUUGUCAAAGCCAGUGGUUUAGCAGCGGGAAAAGGCGUUGUUGUUGCCAAUAACAGAGAAGAGGCUUGUGCGGCUGUUGAUGAAAUCUUGGGCGAUUUGAAAUAUGGUGCAGCCGGUAGCAAAAUUGUUGUCGAAGAAAAACUUAAUGGCGAAGAAGUUUCGCUGCUGGCCUUUGUCGAUGGUAGUACGGUGAAGACGAUGUUGCCGGCACAAGAUCACAAGCGGCUGAGUGAUGGUGAUAAUGGACCGAAUACGGGUGGAAUGGGCGCCUAUUGCCCGUGUCCAUUAAUCAAUGAUGCCGACCUUGAGUUUGCGCGGAAGGAAAUCAUCGAAAAAGCAUUGACCGAAUUCAAGAAGCGUGGAAUCAAUUACUGUGGUGUCUUAUAUGCUGGCCUUAUGCUAACGGAAAACGGACCACGCACAUUGGAAUUUAAUUGUCGAUUUGGUGAUCCAGAAACUCAAGUAAUUCUACCACUUCUUGAAACGGAUCUGUAUGAAAUCGUUGAAGCCUGUUGCAAUGGUCAAUUAAGCAGCUGCAAUUUGAAGUGGAAACAAGGGAAAUCAGCUGUUGGUGUUGUUAUGGCCAGUGAACGCUAUCCAGAGGCUCCAAUCAAUGGACGCAAAAUUCUCGGGCUACCUGAGAAGGAUACGGAAAAACGUAUAGUUUUUCACAGUGGAACAACAAACGAUGGUAACAACCAGUACGUCACCAAGGGUGGUCGAGUUUUAAUCAACGUCGCCAUUGAGGGCAAUCUGUACAAUGCUGCUGCCGAAGCAACGAAAGGUGUACAGGAAAUUCAAUUCACCGGUCGUCAAUACCGUACCGAUAUCGCUCACAAAGCAUUCAAAAAGGGCUCAUUAUCGUACAAAGACAGUGGGGUCGACAUUGUUGCUGGCGACGAUUUAGUGCAGUUGAUCAAGCCAAUGUCGCGUGCCACACUGAGAAAAGGUGUAGUUGGUGGCAUCGGUGGGUUCGGUGGCCUAUUUCGUGUUAAUGAAUUGCAAUAUCCCGUAUUGGAUGGCCAACCACUAAAUUACAAUGAUCCCGUUCUCGUUGAACGAACAUCGGGAGUGGGCGCCAAAAUGGCUUUGGCUAUCGAUUGCAACAUUUUCAAUACAAUCGGUUACGAUUUGGUAGCAACAUGCGCAAAUCAAGUGGCAUGUACGGGUGCACAACCAUUUGCAUUCCUCGAUUAUGUUGCCUGCGGCAAAUUGUUCGUUCCUGUGGUUGCUGGAAUGGUUAAAGGUGUUUCGGAAGCAUGCCAAGCAGCUAAUUGCUCACUUUUGGGUGGUGAAACCGCUGAAAUGCCAUCGCUGUUCAAAGUCGGCACUUACGAUUUAGUCGGCUAUUCAAUCGGUUGUGUUGAAUUCGGAAAAGAGCUACCACGUUUCGAUCUCAUCAACGAAGGCGAUUCAAUUAUUGGAAUAAAAGCCAACGGGUUGCAUUGCACCGGCAUCGAUGUUGUGUAUGAUAUUAUCAACGAUUUGCAUAUCGACUACUUUACAAAGGCACCAUUUUCAAGCGAUAAUAAAACAUACGCCGAAGAAUUCCUAAAGCCAUCUCGUGUGUAUGUUCAACAAAUUUUGCCAUUGGCUACCAGCGGAGCUAUUAAAUCAGCGUCCUACAUUACAAACUCGGGUUUGCAAGGCAGUUUAGAAGCCAUCCUUCCAACUCAAUAUGGAACCGAAAUAAAUGUAGCAACUUGGGAAAUUCCAUCCGUGUUUGGCUGGAUUCAAGCCAAAGCCAGCAAAAUUACGGCUGUUGAAUUUGCAAGCAAAUUCAAUUUGGGCAUCGGUCUCGUUGCUGUUGUUCCAAAAGGCAGUACUGCUUGGAAAUCAAUUGAUGGAGCUGUUGAAAUCGGCAAGGUUGUUUCAUCUAAAUCACAAAGCAACCGUGUCAAUUUCACUGGUUUGCAAGAGAGCCUCAAAAAAUUAUCGACAAAAUUCAUGGAUUCAGCUGAAGUACACAAUCUAAAAUUGCAAGUGGGAUCGCUGAAAAGUAAAUUAAAAGGAAGUUUCGAAAAACUCUUGAGUGGAACAAACACUGAACAUGUUUAUGAGCGCUUCGGCCAAAAGUUUGUACGCUUGAAUCCCGAUGGUAGGCGACUGUACAGUGAUCCAAUUUUGGUAAUUGGAGCAGAUGGAGUUGGAACUAAGUUGAAAAUUGCUCAAUACAUCGAAAAACAUGAUACGGUUGGCAUUGAUUUGGUUGCGAUGAGCGUGAAUGACAUUUUGUGCAACGGAGCAAAGCCAUUGACAUUCCUCAACUAUUAUGCAUGCGAUCGUUUCAAUGAUGAUAAAUCGGUGGAUAUUAUAAAGGGUAUUGCUGAUGGUAGCUUGUCCGGUGAAUGUGCUCUGGUCGGUGGUGAUCCGAUUGAAUUGCCCCAAAUAUACACAAAAGACGAAUAUGAUUUGGCUGGUUUUGCGAUGGGUGUAGUUGAAAAUGGUAAAUUAUUGCCACGCGUCGAUGAGAUUGCCGAUGGCGACUACGUAAUCGCUUUGCCAUCAAGUGGUGUGCACAGCAACGGUUUUAGUUUAGUACAUAAAGUAUUGGAAAAAGCAAAUGCAACAUACAAGGACCCAGCACCGUUCAGUCAUAGUGGGAAAUCGUUUGGAGAGGAAUUCUUAACGCCCACCAAAAUUUAUGUUGCUCCAAUGAUUCCAUUGUUAGAAGAAGGUAAAAUUAAAGCCGUCGCUCACAUCACUGGUGGCGGUCUACUUGAAAAUAUUCCAAGAGUGUUACCAGAUCAUUUGGCUGUUCACCUUGAUGCCGACAAAAUGUUUAUACCGCCGAUUUUCGCGUGGCUCGCAAGCGAAGGUAACAUUGAAAAUGCCGAACUUCAGCGCACGUAUAACUGUGGCAUUGGACUGAUACUGGUUGUUAGCAAACAACAUGCACUCGAACUUGAAUCUCGCCUCAGGUUCGUGCUCAAAGCGAAGAUUAUUGGUGUGGUGAAGCAGCGUAAAGCCAAUGAACCACGCGUUGCGAUUGACGAUACCAAAUUCACGGCUACUUUAAAAAGAACACAACAGAUUUUGACAAACCCAAAGAAACGUGUCGGUGUUUUGAUAUCAGGCAAUGGAAGCAAUUUACAAGCCCUCAUCGAUGCCACACGCGAUACAAAUUUCGGAAUCAAUGCGGAAAUCGUUUUGGUAUUAUCGAAUAAAUCCGAAGCAUUUGGUUUGAAACGGGCUGAAAGUGCAAAAAUUCCAAGCAAAACAAUUUCACAUUUGAGCUAUCGUUCGUGUGCAAAACCGAGAGAAGAAUUUGACAAAGCUUUAACGGCUGAAUUGGAAAAACACAAAGUGGAUAUUGUAUGUUUGGCGGGAUUCAUGCGAAUUUUGUCCGAAGGAUUCGUUCGCCACUGGAAAGGACGAUUGAUCAACAUUCAUCCAUCACUUUUGCCAAAAUACCCAGGUUUGGAUGCACAGAAACAAGCAUUCGAGGAUAGUCCACGCGACACCGUCAGCGGUUGCACCGUUCAUUUUGUCGACGAAGGCGUUGAUACUGGAAAUGUAAUUUUGCAAGAAACUGUACCAAUUCACAAUAAUGACACACUCGAUGCGCUAACCGAACGCAUUCACAAAGCUGAACACCAUGCAUUCCCUCAUGCACUUCGAUUAAUCGCCAAUGAUUUGAUUAAAUUCUGAAAUUCCACCACAAUAUAUAAGUAAUUUCUCUUCUUUUUUUUCUUCAAAUAUUGUUACUUAGAAAUUGUCACAUUCAAAAAUAUUCUGUUAUAUUGUUUUUAUCGAAUAAAAUCAAAGUUGAACCGAAA